AUGGCGCUCGUGGACAAUAACCAGAUCAAGCUGGCCGAGCUGUGGAAGCCGUUGCCGACGCACUUCCACGCCUACGUCUGGCCCUUUGCCAUCGUCUGGCCCGUGUUCUUGCGAUACUACCUCACCCCCGAACUGUACGAGAAGCACAUCGCAUCCGAGGAAUGGACCUUUGUGUGGAUCGGCACCAUCAUCACCUUCCAGUCCCUCUUCUGGCUGAGCACCCACUGGAGCGUCAACCUCCAGGCUCUCUUCACCGCCACCCGCGCCAAGUCGAUUGACGAGGCCGAGCUGAUCAAGAUCAUCCCCGUCGCCAAUGCCGGGUCCGCCGAGAUUUGCAAGUUGGUUCGCGACAAGGUCGGCGGCAAGGUCAACACCUCGUUCCUGUUCCAGAAGCGCCGCUUCAUCUACUACCCCGAAGAGAAGGUCUUCCGCACCCUCGUCUACGAUAUCGACCUCGAGCCGAAGCCCCAGAUUGGACGCUACCAGCAGUCCAAGGGUAUUACGACCGAGGAGGAGUUGAAGAGGAUUGAGGAGCACUACGGUCCCAAUGCCUUCGACAUCCCGGUUCCCACCUUCACCGAGCUCUUCAAGGAGCACGCCGUCGCCCCCUUCUUCGUCUUCCAGAUUUUCUGCGUCGGUUUGUGGAUGCUGGACGAAUACUGGUACUACUCGCUCUUCACCCUCUUCAUGCUCGUCGCCUUCGAGAGCACCGUCGUCUGGCAGCGCCAGCGCACUCUCAACGAGUUCCGCGGAAUGAGCAUCAAGCCCUACGACGUCUACGUCUACCGCCUGGGCAAGUGGACCGAGAUCCAGAGUGACAAGCUCCUCCCUGGCGACCUCGUGUCUGUUGGCCGCACCAAGGAGGACAGCGGUGUUGCUUGCGACAUGCUGCUUGUUGAGGGAACUGCUAUUGUCAACGAGGCUAUGCUUUCUGGCGAGAGUACCCCUCUCCUCAAGGAUUCCAUCCAGCUUCGUCCCGCUGAUGCGCCGAUCGAGCCGGAGGGCCUGGACAAGAAUGCCUUCCUCUGGGGCGGUACCAAGGUUCUGCAGAUCACUCACGGCAACCCGGACGAAGAGAAGCCCAAGCUUGCCUCCGGCGUCCCGCCCGCUCCCGACAACGGCGCCAUGGCCAUCGUUCAAAAGACUGGUUUCGAGACCUCCCAGGGCAGCCUUGUCCGCACCAUGAUCUACUCCACCGAGCGUGUUUCUGCCAACAACGUCGAGGCCCUGCUCUUCAUUCUCUUCCUGCUCAUCUUCGCCAUCGCCGCCUCCUGGUACGUCUGGGACGAGGGUGUCAAGAAGGAUCGCAAGCGCUCCAAGCUUCUGCUCGACUGUGUCUUGAUUGUCACCAGCGUUGUUCCUCCCGAGUUGCCCAUGGAGCUCAGUCUGGCUGUCAACACCAGUUUGGCCGCUCUGGCCAAAUAUGCCAUCUUCUGCACCGAGCCGUUCCGCAUUCCCUUCGCCGGCCGCAUCGACGUGGCCUGCUUCGACAAGACUGGAACCCUUACCGGCGAAGACUUGGUUGUUGAGGGUAUUGCUGGAUUGGGACUUGGCCACACGGGCACUGACACCCCUCGCGAGUCUGAUGGCGCUCACUCCCACAUGACCCCUGUAAACGAGAUCGGUCUGGACACCACGCUUGUUCUUGCUACGGCCCAUGCUCUCGUCAAGCUUGACGAAGGCGAGGUCGUUGGUGACCCGAUGGAGAAGGCCACUUUGACCUCUUUGGGAUGGACUGUCGGCCGUAACGAUACCCUCGCCAGCAAGCCUACCACUGCUGCCACUACUGGCGUCAGCGGAACCGUUCAGAUCAAGCGUCGCUUCCAGUUCUCCUCGGCCCUCAAGAGACAGAGCUCUGUCGCUACUGUAAACGGCGCGGACAAGCUUGGAAACCGGAUCCGCGGCACUUUCGUCGCUGUGAAGGGCGCUCCCGAGACCAUCCAGAAGAGACUUUCCACUGUGCCCGCCGACUACGAGGAGACUUUCAAGUACUUCACUCGCCGUGGAUCUCGUGUCCUUGCACUUGCCUACAAGCAGCUUACCGUCGACAACGAGCUGGGAGCCAGCAAGAUCAACGACCUGAAGCGUGAGAAUGUCGAGUCUGGUCUGACGUUUGCUGGAUUCUUGGUUUUGUCUUGCCCCCUGAAGGAAGAUGCUAAGGAGGCCGUCCAGAUGCUCAACGAGAGCAGCCACCGCGUGGUCAUGAUCACCGGAGACAACCCGCUUACUGCCGUCUACGUCGCCAGAGACGUGGAGAUCGUCGACCGUGACGUUCUGAUUUUGGACGCUCCUGAGGAUAACGACGGCGGCGACAAGCUCAUCUGGCACAGCGUUGACGAGAAGAUUAACAUCCCUGUUGAUCCUACUAAGCCUGUCGACCAGAAGAUCCUCGAAUCCUACGAUCUCUGUGUUACUGGUUACGCUCUCGCGAAAUUCAAGGACCAAGUCGGCUGGAACUCCAUUCUCCGCCACGCCUGGGUCUACGCUCGUGUCUCGCCCAAGCAGAAGGAAGACAUUCUCGUCGGUCUCCGUGACAUGGGAUACUACACUCUGAUGGCUGGUGACGGCACCAACGACGUCGGCGCCCUCAAGCAAGCUCACAUUGGUAUCGCUCUUCUCAACGGCACCCAGGAGGACCUCACUCGCAUCGCCGAGCACUCUCGCAACACCAAGAUGAAGGAGAUCUACCAGAAGCAGGUCGACCUCAUGAAGCGCUUCAACCAGCCCGCUCCCCCUGUUCCCGUCAUGAUCGCCCAGCUGUACCCCCCUGGACCCGGCAACCCUCACUUCUCCAAGGCUGUUGAGCGUGAGGCCAAGAGAAAGAACAUUAGCCCUGAGGAGUGGCUGAAGGCCAACGGUGUCUCCGCGAUCGAAACCGUCACUUCUCCGGCCGCCCAGCAGCUUCUCAACAACCAAGACCCCAGAGCCGCUCGCCAGGCCCAGGCCCAGGCCAAGGCGGCCAGCUUUGCUGACAAGAUGACCACGCAGAUGAUGGAGAGCGAGAUGGGCGGAGACGACGAGCCCCCUACCCUGAAGCUCGGUGACGCCUCCGUUGCCGCUCCCUUCACCAGCAAGCUCCGCAACGUCAUCGCUGUUCCCAACAUCAUCCGCCAGGGCCGCUGCACGCUUGUCGCGACCAUUCAGACCUACAAGAUUCUCGCCCUCAACUGCCUCAUCAGCGCCUACAGUCUUAGUGUCCUCUACCUCGAGGGUAUCAAGUUCGGCGACGGCCAGUACACCAUCAGCGGUAUCUUGAUGAGCGUCUGCUUCCUGUCCAUCUCGCGCGCGCGUGUUGUCGAGGGUCUUUCCAAGGAGCGCCCCCAGCCCAAUAUCUUCAACUUCUACAUCAUCGGCUCGAUCCUGGGACAGUUCGCCGUUCACGUCGUCACUCUCAUCUACAUUGCCCGCUUCUGCGACAAGAUUGCGCCUCGCUCUGGUGAUGUCGAUCUCGAGGCCGAGUUUGCCCCUAGUUUGCUCAACAGCGCUGUCUACCUCCUUCAACUCAUUCAGCAGAUCAGCACUUUCGCCAUCAACUACCAGGGCCGCCCCUUCCGUGAGUCUCUCCGCGAGAACAAGGGUAUGUUCUACGGCAUCGUCGGUGUUUCUGCCCUGGCCUUUUCUUGCUCGAUGGAGUUCAUCCCCGAGAUCAACGAGCAGAUGAAGCUGGUUCCGUUCACCGACGAGUUCAAGACGACCAUGACCGGUGUGAUGGUCCUGGACUACGGCGCCUGCUGGGUGAUCGAGGUCGUCCUCAAGCGCCUCUUUUCCGACUACCGCCCCCGCGAUAUCGCCGCCCGUCGCCCCGAGCAGUUGGAGCGCGAGAGGAUCCGCAAGGAGGCGGUGCAGAAGAAGAAGGAUGAGGAGGAGGAGAGGAAGAACCAGGAGAAGGUGGCCGAGUUCGAGCGCAAGGUGGAGGAGCGCCGACAGCAGCUCGAGGCCUGGAGACAAGGCCGCCGAUGA